ACAUCAUUCAUUAGGGACUGAGAUGAGAGAGGAGGGUCUUUUUGACAGUACUCUUUACAGAGCUUAACAACCUGUUCGAUCAGAGCUCACGGUGCUGUCUUUAGCUGCUACCUUUAUCAUUUGUCUCAAAUGGCUGCAUACAAGCUGGUUCUCAUUCGCCAUGGCGAGAGCUGCUGGAAUCAGGAGAAUCGCUUCUGUGGUUGGUUCGACGCGGACCUCAGCGAGACAGGGGCCCAGGAGGCAAAGAAAGGCGGUCAAGCUUUAAAAGAUGCAGGGUUUGAGUUUGACAUUUGUUAUACCUCGGUGCUGAAGAGGGCCAUCCGGACAUUAUGGAUUGUUUUGGACAGCAUUGAUCAGAUGUGGCUGCCUGUGCACAGGACCUGGCGCCUGAAUGAACGCCAUUAUGGUGGUCUCACUGGGUUAAACAAGGCUGAGACUGCAGCCAAGCAUGGUGAAGCCCAGGUUAAGAUUUGGAGGCGCUCCUAUGACAUCCCUCCACCAAGUAUGGAUGCAGAUCAUGACUUUUACAGCAUCAUCAGCAAGGACAGACGUUAUGCUGAUUUGACCGAGGACCAGCUGCCUUCUUGUGAGAGUCUGAAGGACACUAUUGCACGGGCGCUACCCUUCUGGAAUGAGGAGAUUGUGCCUCAAAUCAAGGAGGGAAAGAGAGUGUUGAUUGCUGCUCAUGGAAACAGUUUGAGAGGCAUCGUGAAGCACUUAGAAGGUAUGUCUGAGGAGGCCAUUAUGGAGCUGAAUCUGCCCACAGGCAUCCCUAUUCUUUAUGAGCUGGACAAGAACCUGAAGCCCAUUAAGCCCAUGCAGUUCCUCGGAGAUGAGGAAACUGUUCGCAAAGCCAUGGAGGCUGUGGCAGCACAGGGCAAAGCCAAGAAAUAGAAUGUAUACUCUAUAAUUAUACAUCAGCACUGAUCUAUUUUAAACAAGACUCUCAUAUUUAACAUCAAUGAGACAGAGCUCUAUAGAAAAAGUACAUACAAGUUAAAAAGUAUAGGACCUAUAUGUAACCAGUUUGAAAUGUUAGAAUUUUGAAGUGGUUGUAAGUAUUUAUUACUUAAACCGUUUACAAGGACCACACAUUUUUGUUUGGAUUCAUCUUUAUGUAAUCAUUCCAUAGUUUACUUUGUAUCCACUUUAUAUUUGGUCAAGUGUUGUCAAUGUGGCAUCUCCAAGUACAUUUCUUUUCACAUUAAACCAGUGUUGAGACUGUU